UCUCGGCCAAUUCUCCGUUCAACAUCGAGCUCCCGCCCUCUCCCUUUACUAUCGCUCUUAUGCGUUGAACUCUCCGCUCCUGAAAUUGUUCGACUUUUUUUUUUUUCUUCAUAUCUUCCCGUGCUAUGGCAGUUUCGUUUCGAGCCUCCAAGUGGCUACUGCUCCUGGCUCACGUGCUCUCCGUCGUGUUCCCCAGUGGUUCCAUGUUCGCGCAUCACACUCACAAGCUGGAGGAUUUGCAUGCCGAGACCUCCGACGACUAUGACAAAAAGGACGAAGACGACUACCCCGCGUCCAUACCGGAACAAGGCAACAACUGCAGUCGCUGCAACGAAAAAAAAGAGCGCAAGGAAAUACGCAUUUUGUCCAUCAAGAGUCAGAUUCUCAGCCAGCUCGGACUAAAAGAAGCGCCCAACAUCACGAGCAAGAAUCUCCCCCACAUCCCGCCGCUGGACAACCUGUUGGACCACUACAGCAUGCAGGCUGACUCACCAACUUUUGUUCCCGGGCCCGAGUACGGAGAGGAAGAUGACUUUUACAUCACGGCGGAGAAAGUGCUCGCGUUUGCUCAACCCACUCCAACGAAUAUUCAAGUAGAAAACGGUGAUUUCCCCCUAUAUUUCAAACCCUCCUCCAGUCUUCUUAACAGUCAGAUACAGUCAGCUCAAUUGUGGAUUUACUUAAGGCCGACCCGCCACAAUCUACACAAGAACAUUACUCUACAUCAAAUUGACAUUUCUUUUGGUCAAUUGGAUGUCAUUCAGCUCAAAAAGAAAACUCUAGACAAAAAAAGUAAGCAUGGGCACUGGAUUGUUUUUGAAAUUAAAAAGACUGUGAAUCACUGGUUAAAGCAUUCAAAAGAAAAUCUUGGUUUUAUUCUUCGAUCGUCAGCACUAGACACGGCGGAUCUAAUAGGAGUGGAUGAGAAAGGAAAAGAAAUGAAAUCAUUCAUCGAAAUCAAAGUUGAAAAGCAGAAACAUCGACGGACGAAAAGAAUGAUCGGUUUGAACUGCGAGGAGAAUGCGGACGAAGUAAGAUGUUGUCGGUACCCACUCACCGUGGACUUCGAAGAAUUUGGCUGGGAUUGGAUCAUUGCUCCCAAGAGAUACGAAGCCAACUACUGCAGUGGCGAAUGCCCUUACGUUUUCCUCCAAAAAUAUCCCCACACUCAUCUAGUGCAACAAGCCAAUCCUCAAGGUUCAGCAGGUCCUUGCUGUGCUCCGAGGAAAAUGUCCUCCAUAUCAAUGCUAUACUUCGAUGCGGAUUAUAAUAUUAUUUACGGAAUGCUACCCGGCAUGGUAGUCGACAGAUGUGGUUGCUCGUAGUAGAGUCUUAAUUUAAAUUAUCAAAAUUAGUUCAGUCUUUCGAAACUCUCGAAUGUCUGUUCACUCUGUGAUCCUUCCCGCACACGAAGACUGUAAGCUCUCUCACUCAAGGACCGCCGGCAGAUUGAAAUAUUCGUAUCUUCACAUGGCUGUGCACCUUAAAGCUGUUUUCUCUCUGUGAUCCAUUAAAUCUGAAACAGACUCGAGUUUGUGAAAUCGGAAAUUUAGUCGCCGGAUAGGAAGCUGGACGCGUGAAGAAGUAUUAUACCGCCACCUCCAGUGAAGUUUUUGCUUCGAAACGGAGGUUUCAGAUGAGAAAAGCAGUGAAAAUUUCAGCUGUGAUCAAAGACUUGUUAAAUGAAGCCGUGCCAGCGACUGCACUUGAUUGUCCUCGUCUUCAGCGACGUGUAAAGAGUGGUGUGCGAAUUAUUUAUUUUCUUUGGUUGUGUUUUUAUUUGAAUGUUACAUCUUUUUCAGGAGUUCAUCAAUAACAUCCAAUUGUUUUUAUUAGAACAAAAUGACGAGAAACAUAAGUCGUGGCGUAAAAUAUGUCGAUAUCCUCUCCCAUUUGACAAAAAAAAUCAGUAAUUACUUUUGAAUUUGUAAUGUUUGAUCAAGUUAGGUUAAAUGAAUUUUAAUUAACUUUAAUAAGAGAAAAAAUGUAGUUUUUAAAUGCUUAAAUGUUAGCAGUUUUAGGUUACUUUAGUAUGGAUGCCUAUAAUCUUUCGAAUCUAUAUUUUUAUUUAAUUCAAUAUGUAUUUAAGAUAAAAUUAUUCAUUGCGCAAUCGUUUAACGUUUCCCGUAGUUCAAGAAGCUUGCUCUCUUAUACAUAAUGUCAAAAUAAAAUGUAAGUACUAUAUUUUCCUAUAUUCGUAAGAGUUUUUCAGUUGCCUACCCUAUAACGAAAAGGCUAAAACCUUUUCAAAAUUCAAAAACAAGUAAAAAAAAUUCUCAGUUUUAAUAACUUCACUUCAAACGAAUUGUAUCAUCUAAUUAUUUCUUAUGCAUAUUAUUUAUUAUUUCCAUUUUAUUGACAGUACAUUAAACAUGAUAAAUCUUCUCAUUCUAAACAGUUAUAUAUUCACCAGGGAAUGAACUAAUUAUCUUGAAAGAUAGGUGAAAUGGUGCUCAGAAAUGCUUUAAAAUUGCUAUUUCAACCUCCCAUAUUCAGUUAGCAAAGGCACUGUAUGUAAGCAAAGUUCGUAUAUUUUUGGUUAUUUUUUUUCACAUCAUCAAUAGAUAACAACUGUCUGAAUUAUGUUCGUCAAAGUCAAACAAAGCAACCCAGCUACCUUUAAUGACUUUUAAUUACGGGCAGUUAAGAUUUAGCUCUUUUGAUUGAGGUUUUUGUUCUAUUUUCUAGUGUCAGAAAAAUUAUUUUCCACUCAAAAAGAAAUGUUAGAUAGCAGUCAAGGUAUGCACUUCAACUUAGAUAAUGCAUUAACCCUGCGAACUGCUAACUCAAAACUGCCAAGGAAAAAAAAAACUAUUUUUCAAUCCUGAAUUUGCCAUUUUUGUUAUGAAUCUUGGUUUUACUUCAUACUUAUUUAAUAGUUUUUUUUUUUUUUUUUUUUGAAAAUCCAAGUUAAUGAGCUAACGCAAACAGCGUUGAUUAUAUUCCUCUGCAGUAAAACAAGCUUAUUAUGCAAGUACGACGAGAAAUUUCGUAGAAACAUGUUAUUUUUAUGGAAACCCGCAAGUGCACUUUAAAAUGUAAACGAAACAUAACCGAAUUAUAUGCGUAUUUAGUUUUAUACAGCUAGUAAAUGUUUUAUAUAAGCACAUUUAAAACCAAAAGUUAAGCGUGCAUGAAACAAUCUUGUGACUUAAACAUUUAUAAAUUUGAUAUUUAUUUUACAAGAAUGUAUGCUUCUUUCCAAUAAAUAUAUGCUGUCAACAGAUGGAAAGAAGAAGUUAAAUAAAAGGCUCAAAUUGCUGCAUCACUGCCAAAUGUUUAUGCAUCUUUUUCAAGUGGUUACAGCUAAUCAUUGAAGAAAAAAAAUGCUGUAAAAAAUACUGCGAUAUAAUGUGGAAAUGAUGUUUAAAUCGUGAAGUAAAUUAUAUUUAAUUGUUUCUCCAGAUUUAUUCCAGCAUUUUUUCCUGAAUGGCGCAUGUAUAAUUUAAAAACUUAAGAUUUUAGUAAUUUUGAUGUUGUAUCCAGAACGACAGUACAGCUAUGUUUGUUUUCUAGUUAUGUACUUACGUUAUACUAAAUGGUUAAAACAAUGCAAUUCAAGGGAUAUGCGUAAUAUUAUUCAGUUAACAAGAUCCUAGUAUUUAUUAGAAGUUAAAGACUACGAAAAUAUUAGUUUAAUAGUUUUAAAAGACAAGUUUUCCUUUUUUCUCUGCGUGUCGCGCACUUUUACAAAAGAGUUGCUUUGAUAUUCGUUUAGAUUGAUGCACUUACUCGGACCGACAUUUGCUUUGCUCUCAAUGUAAGACAACAUAAAAUCAUCUUGCGUGAAGUUUAAAGAAAUAAUAACAUUUAAAAAAUACAGUAGAACCUCUCAAUAAGGGACACUACGGGGACUGGACUUUUUGUCCCUUAAAUAAAGGUGUCCCUUGUUCGAAGGUAUGGGAACCGCUGCACGUAAUGGUACUUACUAUAUCAUUAUAAUAAACAUAAACUAUUGACUUUUAAGAUUAAAUAUUGAACAUGUUUUAUUUAUGUAUGCUAAAUAAAAUUCAGCCUUAUUUAAAGUUUUAAAAAAAUGAAUUUUAAUCAAAAAUUUAGUAGAAUCAAAAUCAGUAAUUUAUAAAAAUAAUUUUGAAGUAAAUUAUUUCAUGGAUUUGCCUUAUGUCACAUAAUUUACAAUGCAAUGCAAUGUAAAUAACAGUGCAAUCACAUUUCAAGUUUUCUAUAAAAAGUAAGUCAUAAGCGAUGUAGUAUCCAUCGGCGCUGAACCCAUAUGAAUCGAUUGUGUGAGGGAAAAGCAAGAAUUUAAAAAAUCAUAUUUGCUGCUUUGCAUGUUAAUGUCAAGACUCAUUUUCAGCAGUUAGUUUUUAGACAAGAAUCAAACCUUCAUUUGAAUAAAUUCAAUUCGUAAGCAUUAAUUUUGUUAUGCAUUUAUACAUAAAUUGUUACACUUUUUCUCUGCUACAGCCAUUUAAAUAGUGUCCCUUAGGGAGAGGCAAAUACAUGAAGGUCCCAAGGGACUGGGACCGGAAAAAUUGUCCCUUAAAUAAAUGUGUCCCUUAUUCGUAGGUGUCCCUUAAAGGAGGUACCACUGUAUAUCUUCUGUUUCAUGGUAAUAUACUCAAUGUAUUUUACGUUAUAUACAUAUUAUCAACAAUUUAUCUGAAAAUACAUUAACAUAAUACUUGAAAUUAUAAAGUAUUAAUACAGUGUGCCCCCGUUUAAUUUGCACGACCUCAAUUUUGGCAACCGUUAGUCCUAGAUGCCUAUUUCCAACGCAAAAAUGGUCAAAAUGAGAUGCAGUGUUAACAUAUGGAAAGUUUGUAGUGAAAAAAUAUUUUGGAAAAAAAUUAUCUAACAUUUUAAAUGGUUUCCAAGUUUCCUACACUGUAUUUAGGGAAAUCAAAACCAAAAAAGAAACAGUUAAAGCACAAAACUUUUGACAUUCGUUGGACCAAUAUUCACUGGGGUUUGAAACGCAGUGUUUUAUGACUUACAUUCCUUUUACACUAGCAGCUAAUAACACCUUUUGAGGAGAUAUAUAUUGUUAACAAAAAAUUGAACGAGCUUUUGAGCUUUUGUCGUGUGAUUUUACGUAUCAUGGCAUAUCAACAUUUUCAUUUAUUUUUCAAUAGCAAUAAAAAAUAUAAAUAUUUUAACUUUUUACUUCGACAACUUGUCAUUCUUCUAAAUAAGCGACAAGUUCAAUUCUCAUUUUUUGCAUUGGCCCUUAAAAUUUUGAACUCGAAUAUCUCCUUGAGUUUUGGUUGCAAAUGUUUCAAUGUCUUCUGUUGGAAUUAUUUCCAACGAAGAUUAUUUCUCUAAAUAUAAGUUAGAUGACCUUGGGUCCGUGUAAAAAGCUAAAUUUUGUAUUUCUUGACUGAUUUUCUUUUUCGCUCCAAAUUUUUAGAAUCUUAAUGACCAUUUUUGAAACUGGAGGUAUACAUCUAGGAUUAACCGUUUCGAAAACAGAAAUCUUGCAGGUUAAACAGGGACGCGCUAUAUAUUACUUUAACAUAAUAAUCAAUGCUGCAAAAUAUUUUAGUAAGUUUUCAUCAGAAAAGUCAUUGAAAUCAAGAAUAGUUCCAAAUUUUGAACAGUAAAAUGAUGCAUAACUCAAAAACCUUGAUUUUUCUCUCUUUGCCAAAUUGUUGUGUACCAGACGUUAUGAGAGAUAAAAUUUUAUGUCAUUCAAAUUGAAAAUUGUAUUGUUACAUAUAUAUUUGAAAAUAUGUGUUUGUCACAUGUCUUUUAUUUAUUACUGGAGACAAAAUUCUGUUGUUUACGAUGACGAAUAUAGACUUUAUAUUUAUACUACGUGAAUAAUCAAAAACUUUUCCCUGACGCCUUCCGUAUCUAACCGAAUUAUUGUUGCUCGUAAAUCACUGACAUUUCAUUAAGACACUGAAUGUAUGUUUUCGAAAAAAUGUAUCGACCAAGUUUGUAUAUAUUGAAAUCGUUAUGGAAAAUGAACUAGAAUUUGUUUCAUUCACUUAGUCACGCAUUAAUCACCCGCACGAGCUCGAGAUAAAGGACUGCCAAGAGCCUUAACACAAUUUUCUUGACUUGAAUCAUCAAGAAUAGUUAUAAAUUAUUUUUUCUUGAUGACUCUAAGCAUUUAACUAUACUUAUGUAGGUCCAUUAAACCAAGUUUUCAUUACAUAUUAUGACUAAUUGAAUGAAACAUUUUAUAAUAUCUGUUUAUAGUAAAUAUACAAUGCUUAUCAGUGAUAUCACAACUGCCAUAUUGUAGCAUUUGUGGAUUUAAACACAAAUGUAUGCUUAACCAAUAGCAGAAAAUUGUAUAAUAAAUUGUCUUGGAUCAUCUUAUUAACAUUUCUUUUAGAACAUAGCAUGUUAAACUCUUUUUGCUGCAAAUACUUAGUUUUUGCUGAUUCAAUAAGCGCAAUAUUUUACGAAAAUUAUCGCCUUAAAUACUGCCUAAAAUAUAAUUUUUAAAACUUCCUUGUAAGAAAGAUGAAAAAAAUAUAGUCUUUUAAUUGCAUUAAAGAUGCUUAUUGCAUUAAUUUACAAUUUAAUUUAAAAAAUACCAGUCUUAAAAAUGUUUGUAUACUAACCAAAGUACUAAAGUGCAGUGUUUACUCUUGUAUUCGUCGCAGUUUUACUUCCCAUUUUUUAAUACUCAAUUCCAGCAACAUGUGCGAAGAGCUGCUUGGUUCAAAAAAAAAAAAAGUUAAAAUGCUGUACAAAAAUUUGCCAACGUCCUGUUUACCAAUUGUUUUAUUUGACAGGAAACAAAAUGUAUUUGGCAGAAUUUUUCCGUUUCAAAAACAAUCUGCGACAUCUGAGGACUAUACAAGCGUAAACACAGUACUUUUAUAUUCAUAUAGUACUAUAAAGAAAAAAAAGUUUAAAAAAGGAAAAUUAACGGCGUAUAAAUUUAAAUUUGGCACAUUAUUUUUCUGUUUAAAACCAAGAAAGUUUGAUUUAAACUCUUAUAUUUAUUUUUUAUCAAAAAUAAAAAAUUUCUACAAUUUUUUUAAUGCAAUCUAUUGAACUUUUAGUACAUUAGUAUUUUUUUUAAUGCAGCGUUUCAAAAGAGUUUAAUCAGACAUUAAUUACACUGAUUUUUAGAGUUUUACUCGAUAGAAAUUUUAUUGUGAUCAAAAGUGUACUUUUGUUACUUGCAAUACCUAUCAUUGAAUAAACAUAACUAUAUUUCUGCUUUCCAUAAUGUUUAAAGUUGCAGAAAUGCAUGAAAACUCAUUACAGACAGAAUAUGUUCACAAAUUUUUGCAGAAAACGACUGUAGUAUACGCACAAGUGUCUUUUCAUUGGCAUUGUAAAAUUUCAUAGGAGCUUGUUAUGUUGAUGGCUUACUCAAAGAAGUGAUAAUAAA